AUGGAAUGGAUGUGCUAUACAUUUUCAAUAGUAAUCUUCCUGAUGGCCAUACUAUUCAAUACAGUCAUAUUGAAUAUGAUUGUCAAAAAAGGCCUAAAAACUACAACAUAUCAAUUGAUAAUCAAUCAGAUCGUCGCUGAGUUAGUAUUCAGUGUACUGGCCAUCAGUCGUAGCAUUAUAUGUAACGUAUAUUUAGUCAAUAGGUCGCCAGUAUUUUUAGCCUACGGGUGCGGAGUACUUAUAUCAGUAAACGACUCGACACUGUAUGUGUCAGCCUUUUCGAUGAUAGCCAUUGCCUAUGAACGGUACCGCAAAAUAUAUCGACCAAUGAGUUCGGAGCUACGAAUACGGCAAUGGAUUGUCAGCAUCUGGUCGCUGGCCAUCGGGUUAUCGCUAUUUAAUAACAUUAAUCGCCAGAACAUAAUAUUUUUCGGUACAAACCUCAUCUACCGGUGCCGAGUACUGUUCAACACUGAUAUUACAUUUUUCGAAAAACGCUAUAACUAUGCGGUAGUGUUUUCAGUGUGUUGUGUCGGCACUUUAAUAACAACCGCUUAUCUAUACUAUCGGGUUAUCCAAAAAAUAAGAGAUCGACAACUAGUGGGCAAUACUGUUAUCGCUCGACGAGCGGAAACACUGAUAAAAAACAAACGGCGAACUAUUGAUAUGUUGUUGGGUAUAGUCAUCUGGUAUGUGACGGUCACUACACCCUACUAUUUGUUUAUAUUUUACGAAACAUUCAUAAAAAUGGUUGAUCCGCGCGAAGACUGUCGCCGAGAGGAGAGCGCAUCCAUCUAUAAGUUCCUGUUUAUCGGUUUCUUCUAUUUCGGCAGUCUUUGUGUUAAUCCAAUCCUUAUCUGUUGGUAUAAUCAUGACUUUCGUAACGAAAUAUGGCGUAUAUUUGGUUUGGAUAAAUUCCGGACUACCGGUUCCGAUAUGAACUCAGAAACCACUUCAUCAUAA